UCUACAAAACCUAACGCCCCGAUAUUUUCGGCACAAUUUUGUUUUUCUAAAAUCUACAGUACAUGCAAACUCAGAGUGUACGUCGGCACACGUGAAUGAAUACCAUAGGUCCCAUCCUACACUGAGUGUAGAGAAGCCAUCACUGAGUAGCUAGCAAAGAUCGUUGCAGAGUACACCGCUUACAAGAGAAAUGAUUGCCACGACGGGGAGCUCGGCGAAGACGGCGGCAGCGGCGGCUGUGGGCGGCAAGUCGGCGCGCGCCUGUGACGGGUGCCUGCGCCGGCGGGCGAGGUGGUACUGCGCGGCGGACGACGCGUUCCUGUGCCAAGGGUGCGACACGUCGGUGCACUCGGCGAACCCGCUCGCGCGGCGGCACGAGCGUCUGCGCCUGCAGCCGGCGGCGGCGUCGUCGUCUCCGCUGCACACGCCGCCUCGCACGGGGGCGGCGGCGAAUAAUAAGCGCGAGCGUCACGACGAGGUGGUGCCCGCGUGGUUCAGGCGCAAGGCGCGCACCCCGCGCGGCGGGCACGCCAAGAGCGUCGGCGGGCAGGCGUUGUCGCGGUCGCGGCGCCUCGGCGUCGUCGUGCCGCAUGCGGCGGCAGGCGGCGGGGACUCGCCCGACGACGGGCGGAGCGCCGAGGGGGAGUUCGAGGCCGAGGAGGAGCAGCUGCUGUACCGCGUGCCCAUCUUUGACCCUGCCCUAGCCGAGUUCUGCUCGCCGCCCCCGGCGCCUCUUGAGGACGCGGCCGCUCUCGCGUCGUCCUGCAACGAAGACGGCGCCGUCGAGGACCCGGCGAAUUCGAAGCCAGAUCCAGGUCCGGCGACACCUGCACCGGCGCCGGUGGUCCAGUUCUUCCCCGACAGCGGCCAUGCCAACUUCGAGCCCACCGACGCCGAGCUCAGGGAGUUCGCCGCAGACAUGGAAGCCCUCCUCGGGCACGGCCUGGACGACGGCAACGAGGAGGACUCGUCGUUCUACAUGGAGACGCUGGGCCUCUUGGACCCAGUGGAAGUGGGCGACGACGCCACGCGAGUCAAGGUGGAGACCGACGGCGGCAGUGCCUGCGGCGAAGCCAGUGGCACGCUGGCCUGCGCCCUCGAGCUGCUAGACCCAGCUGAGGUAUCUGACGAGAUGCUGGACAUCGACUUCAACUACGGCUCACCUCUGGACACGAUGAUGGACGACGAGAAGGCCGCGAGCAGCGACACGGGCGGGGCCGACGACGCCCAGUUCUUGCAGACCAGCCUCUCGCUCACCCUCAACUACGAGGCCAUCAUCCAGAGCUGGGGGAGCUCGCCGUGGACUGCCGGCGGCGAGCGACCACACGUCAAGCUCGACGACAGCUGGCCCCACACGAACAUGUGGGUAGUGGGAGGAGUGGCGGGCCACGGCGGCGAGGACCUGCUGCUGGGCACGGCGAGGCUGGGGAUGGACGGCGGCCGGGAGGCCCGAGUGUCGCGGUACCGGGAGAAGCGGAGGACGAGGCUCUUCUCCAAGAAGAUCCGGUACGAGGUGCGCAAGCUCAACGCCGAGAAGCGGCCAAGGAUGAAAGGCCGCUUCGUCAAGCGUGCCACCGCCGGUGGCAGCAGCCUCGCCAUCGCUGGCCUCGCUUAAUGCCGCCGGCGUGCUGCAUGUUUUUGGUUGUGCCUGCGUGGAGCUGCGAGACCGCGGGCCGCGCGCUCGUACGUCGUCAUGAAAUGAUGACAUGAACAAACAACUCGUCGAAGCUGCUUUUUAGUUAAUUCAACUCAAAUCAAAAAGAAAUUACCUGUUUUUUUUUCACGGACCAAUAAUUCGCCAAUUUAAUCAUUUUAUAAGCUGGUGCCUUCGAGUGGCACUCGCUUUGCUUGUGGCGAUGGUCGAGGAAUAAUAAUACUAUAGUGCAGUGUAGCGCUAGCUAAAGUGAAUUGUAAUGUUUGGUUGGACAGUUCAGAGGUACGUAUUUUUGUCCCGGUUUCAGAGGGUCUGUCAUCUGGGGUCGCCUUUUUGCACAUGGAGAAUAUUGGCUCUUGUUGUUGUUUCUUUUCAUGGUUCAGCAAACACAUGUUGUACCUCCAAAUAAAAACAUAUAUACAUGUUA